AUGCUAGCUUUCUUUCAACGUAUUCUUGACUGGAUUCGAAGCUUAUUUUGGAAGGAGGAAAUGGAGCUCACGCUAGUUGGUUUACAGUAUUCAGGGAAAACCACUUUUGUGAAUGUAAUUGCUUCCGGUCAAUUUGUCGAAGACAUGAUACCAACAGUGGGUUUCAACCUCCGAAAAGUUACUAAAGGAAAUGUCACGAUAAAGAUGUGGGAUAUUGGUGGACAACCACGCUUUCGAAGUAUGUGGGAACGAUACUGUAGAGGAGUCAACGCUAUUAUAUACAUGGUAGAUGCUGCAGAUCAUGAUAAACUGGAGGCUUCGCGCAAUGAACUUCAUAGUCUGCUCGACAAACCUCAGUUACUUGGUAUCCCCGUUCUAGUAUUAGGAAACAAAAGGGACCUGCCCAAUGCUCUUGCUGAACAUGAGCUGAUUACUGCACUUAAUUUAGGAGCCAUAACUGAUCGUGAAAUAUGUUGUUACUCUAUUUCGUGCAAAGAGCAAGAAAAUAUAGAUAUUACACUUCAAUGGUUAAUUAAACAUUCCAAAUCCAACCGGUAA